AUGUGCCUUGUAAUAUUGCAAUCGGUAAUGGAACAGAAGCCAGUUUCCUCACCAACGACGGUCCCGAGCGGUGUCAUAGUACAGAGUUGUGUUCAGGUUGACGAUGGUAGUAGCAUACUAGGGGGUACAAGCACUAGCGUAGGUAGUAUUUCUGAUAGCAAUCUUAGCUCGACGACCGCGAUCCACAAGCCGAAUAUCACAUCGUCAGCUGCUGGUUCCACAACGGCCACCCCGGUAAAGGCGACGUCCGGUGCACUGACAACGUCUUCAUCGGUUGCAUCGUGCAUUCCCAGUCCGAUAUUGAGUCCUCCACGGAAGGUGUGGGGUCGCAAUAAUAACGGAACAAUGGUUGAAACAUCCACCCCGUCCAAUGAAGCUGAACUUCAGCUUUAUCGUGUCCUUCAGAGGGCAAGUUUACUGAACUAUUAUGACACUUUGCUUGAAAUGGGAGGAGACGAUCUACAGCAGCUGUGUGAGGCAUGCGAAGAAGAAUUUUUGGAAAUAAUGGCAUUAGUGGGAAUGGCGUCGAAACCAUUGCAUGUACGACGCCUGCAAAAGGCACUACAGGAGUGGGUAACCAAUCCUACAGCUUUUCAGAGUCCUUUAACCAGUCUGGACACUCCAUCCAGGCUAACAUACAGUCCUGGUCCUGGGUCGAUAGCACGGAGUGUUAGCAGUUAUUCUGCAUCUGCGAUAGCACCUACGUCCAGCUUCAUCGCAAAUCCUUCAUCUAGUACAAACAUUCAACCGUCUUCGUUAGGUCACCUAGCGACUAGUCUUAGUAGUAGUAUUAGUAGUAACGUGGUUAGCCCUAUCGGUUCUACCACAGCAAGUUCAUUGCAAUUGACACCCUGCCUGACGGAAGACCAAAUUGCUAAAAUUGUUCAAGCGGCCGAGCGACUCUCUAGGACGAUUCCUCGUCAUCUUGAACCACGGCAGCAAAACAUUAAAAAACGUACAACACGUGACCUGGAGCAGGUGAUAGCAAUGAGUGAAAACGAUCCUCGUCGAAUGGAAGAGAUUCGAAAGUAUUCCGCUAUCUACGGCCGCUUCGAUUGCAAACGGCGCCCGGAGAAACCACUAACUCUCCACGAAGUUUGCGUGAAUGAGGCUGCAGCGCAGAUUUGCAAAUACGUCCCGGCCCUGCUUACCCGACGAGAUGAACUUUUUCCUCUAGCGCGGCAAGUUGUGAAGGAAUGCGGCUUCGGGCAUUCUGCCAGUAUACGACUGACCGGGCUAUGUCAUACUCAAACUAGUCGGCACGAGGAGAUGGAUACGUCACAGCAAAUGAAGAGAGCUCGACUGUCCAGUGAUACCAGUUCCGAUCUCGGAAAGGAAAAUUCAGACGACAACAGAGACCUGUCCAGCACUUCCUUAUAUCAGCAGAUGGGCGACAAGCCAUUCGACCUGACCGAUUCAAGUAAAUUUUCGUUUACCAGAUCCGAAUUUGAUGACGCAGAUUCUAGAUUUAGUUUUAGCAAUUCAAGUUCGUCACCAGUUCAAGCUGGAAAUGGAAUCGACCGAGAUUUGAACGAUCACGAGUUCCCGGACAGUCUAAGACAUACCGCAAGAUCGUUAAUUCCCCACGACAGUUCUCUUGGUGUCCAAGUCAUAUCCUCAUCGGGCGGUCACAUUAUCGCCGUCGCUAAUCCUGCAUUGGCGCUCAGCCCAGCCUUAAGUGAAGCCAUCACCAUUAAGCGAGAGGCAAUUUCUCCAGACUUAUAA